AUGGAGCUUCCGUUCCAAUGGGAUGACGGGAAUUUCAUCUCUCCAUUUUUAACCAGCGGUGACGACACGCUGAGGGUACUUGCGGCGUGGCUGAAUGACUCGCCGCUGCUUCGAUUCCAGCACGGCGGUGCGCUUCGGCUCACGGACCUCGGAUGCGGGGACGGGAGCGCAUUGCUGUCUCUGAGCGCGGGGCUUUUCACGUUGUGGGGUGCCAGCGGUUGCCGUGACGUCUCUCCCCUGCAGUUGACGGCUGUCGGACUGGACCUUGACGAGGAACUUAUCCUUGCAGCGAGGCGUCGAGCGGAGGCAAUAAUUGUGCCACCACCGCAUCGUCUUCACUGCGUCUUUGAGACUGUGGACGUGCGCCAGUUGGAUGCGGCGCAAUACUUCCCGCUGUCGGAAUCCAGCCGCCACGUAUUGUUUGUGUACCUGCUGCCGGAGGGGUUAGAGGCCAUUCGUGAGAAGCUGCUGGAGAUAAUCUCUCGUGUUGCGCUUCUUGUGUCAAACCGCUGGGAGGUGCCAUUUCUUGCCAGGUGGAAACGCGUGAAGUUGCAGAAUUUGCACCUCUACCAGUACGUGGGGGAUGGGGCGAAUUAA